UAAAAAAUUAUUAAAACGUUUAUUUUUCCUUCCAAAUAUCAAUCUUUCGGGAUUGAAUGUACCAUAAUCCAAAAUAUAAAGGAAGGAAUUCUUCUUCACAUUAUUAUUUGACUGUCAGUCUUCCCUAAUCAUUUUCAGAAUUUUUUGGAAGAAUUGAAGUGAAUUUGUGGAGAAGAAGGUGAAGAUGGGAGUAAUGUCGAGACGGGUAGUGCCCGUCUGCGGCAACAUCUGUUACUUGUGUCCUGCUAUGAGAGCUAGAUCAAGACAACCUGUUAAACGUUACAAGAAAAUUCUAUCCAAUAUCUUCCCAAAGAAUCAGGACGCGGAGUUGAAUGAUAGGAAAAUUGGCAAGCUAUGUGAAUAUGCUUCGAAGAACCCUUUGCGAAUCCCCAAGAUUACAGAGUACUUAGAGCAGAGAUGUUAUAAAGAUUUGCGGAUUGAGCAUUUUGGUUCUGCAAAGGUUGUAUUAUGCAUUUAUAGGAAAUUGCUAUCGUCAUGCAAGGAUCAUAUGCCAUUAUUUGCCAGCAGUUUAUUGUCCAUUGUACGGAUUCUACUGGAGCAAACACGACAAGAUGAGAUGCGCAUUUUAGGGUGCCACACACUUGUUGAUUUUAUAAAUUGCCAGAUAGAUAGCACACACAUGUUCAAUUUAGAAGGCCUCAUUCCUAAACUUUGUGAACUGGCUGAAGAACCUGGGGAGGAUGAAAGAGCUCUUCGUUUACGCUCAGCUGGAUUGCAGGCACUUGCUUUCAUGGUGUGGUUCAUGGGUGAAUAUUCCCAUCUCUCAAUGGACUUUGACAAUAUAAUUGCAGUAACAUUAGAGAACUAUACUGAUCUCGAAAUGAAUCCUGACAAUAGCACGCAGCAGCCUCAAAAUUCUGAGCCUCAUGGCCAAUUGGUCGUGCACAAGGCUGGUGGAGCAUUACCAGACUCUGUAAAUACCAAGCGUGCGUUGGAUCCUGCAAUGAGCCCCACAUACUGGUCUAAGGUUUGUCUACACAAUAUGGCCGGAUUUGCUAAGGAAGCAACUACAGUACGGCGAGUUUUAGAGCCUCUUUUUCGUACUUUUGAUUCUGGGAACCACUGGUCUUCCGAGAGUGGGAUUGCUUCUUCUGUUUUAUCAGAUUUGCAAUUGCAUAUGGAGAAGUCAGGGCAAAAUACCCAUAUUUUAUUAUCUAUGCUAGUCAAGCACUUGGAUCACAAUUCUGUCUCUAAACAACCCUGUAUGCAGAUUGACAUUGUUAACCUUACCACUUUCCUUGCUCAACAUGCAAAGGUUCACGCCUCGAUUGCAAUCCUUAAUGCAAUAAAUGACUUGAUCAGACAUUUACGUAAAUGCAUGCAAUUAUCAAUGACACCGUCCCCAGACAAGGAUGAUACAGAUAAGUGGAACAUGGAUCUUCGUUCUGCGAUAGAAGAGUGCCUUGCACAACUCUCAAAUAAGGUUGGGGAUGUGAGUUCAAUUCUCGAUAUGAUGGCAUUGAUGUUAGAGAAAGUUCCUACUACACCUGAGAUGGCCAGAGCAACUAUGUCAGCUCUUUACUGCACGGUGCAAAUAAUAUCUACCAUCCCUAAUUUAUCUUAUCGCAAACAGGCUUUCCCUGAAGCUCUGUUUCAGCAGCUGAUGUUAUGCAUGGGCCAUCCAGAUCCUGAAACACGAGUUGGAGCCCACCGUGUGUUCUCUGCUGUGCUCAUGCCUUCACUUAAGUUUCCUUGGUCGGAUCCUUGUGGAAAAUCUUCACUACCUCUACCAGGUCUCUCUUCUUCAGAUGGUCUCUCUGAGAAGGCGAUGAACGGUAGAUUUGCAGAACAUGGACAAAUUAGGGAUAAACCAGAUGUCUAUGGAGUUAUUAGAGAUAACAGAAGCCAAAAUUUGGAGGGUUUAAGUUCCCUUCGGUUGAGUAGUCACCAAGUGGAUUUUGUGCUUUCGCUGAUCUGGGUUCAGGCAGCAUCCACAGAUAACACUCCUACAAAUUUUGAGGCGAUGUCUCACACUUUUAACCUUGUUGUUUUGUUCUCCAAGCCCAAGACUUCCAGUCAUACGGCUCUAAUUCAGUGUUUCCAGCUGGCAUUCUCACUUCGAAGCAUCUCUCUCGAGCCAGAAGAUAUAGGAGGUUUGAAGGCAUCUCGUAGGAGGUCUAUCUUUACCUUGGGGUCAUCCAUGCUUAUAUUUUCUGCCAAGGCAGCGAAUCUUCCAGAACUACUUCCCUGUGUUAAAGAAACUCUCACAGAUAUAACGGUUGAUCCUUUCCUUGAGCUGAUAGAAGAUACUAGGUUGCACGCUGUUUACGUGACUUCAGAUAGUGGAAAACCAGCAUACGGAUCACAGGAAGAUGAAAUUGAAGCUUUAAAGUCUCUUGCUGCAAUUGAAGCGGGUGCGGGUGAUAUAGAGAUGAAAGGAAUUGUUAUAUCCCACUUCACGAAGUACGGAAAAUUAUCAGAGGAUGAAAUAUCAGGAAUCAAGGAGCAGAUUCUUCAGAGGUUUUCACCUGACGAUGCAUAUCCUCUGGGAGCUUCUUUGUUCAUGGAGACACCCCGAGCAUGUUCUCCGCUUGCAAAAAUGGUUUAUCAGGCUUUUCAUGAGGUCAUGCCGGACGCCUUGACAGAUGAAGAAGCCUUCCCUGAAGGAGAUGAAGAUCAAUCAGAGCGCAGGUCAUCCCUCUCAAUCAACACGCUCGACAUUAUAAGCGUUAACCAAUUAUUGGACUCGGUUCUGGAAACUGCAAGGCAAGUUUCAAACCAUCCUGUUUCCACUACCCCCGUACCUUAUGCCGAAAUGAAAAAUCAAUGUGAGGCCCUUGUGACUGGAAAGUAUCAGAAGAUGUCAGUGCUUAGAAGUUUUAAGAAUGGAAAGGAAGUUGUUGGUAUUGGCUUUUCCACACGAAAUGAAGAUAAAGUUUCAGCUUUCUUAGACAUGAUAGCGGAUCCUGUGGGGGGUUAUCCAAAAUCGAAAGAUAGUAAGGUUCAGAGUCAAAAUCAACUCUUUUAUUCAAGUGAGUACAUACAGUCCUUUAGGUUACCGCCUUCAAGCCCUUAUGACAAAUUCUUAAAAGCUGCCGGAUGUUAAUGAGACUGACCAUCUGAAUGAUCUUUGUGUUCCAUUCUUUAAUUAUUGAGGCUUGCUUAUUGUAACAUAGUUUUCGUCCCCGGGAUCAAUUCGUUUGUGAUAUAUAUUUAACUGGUAUAUGUGAAAUCCAGAAAAUGGAGAUGUAGAGAAAGAAAUUGGUAUGUAAAAAAGGUACAAGCAAUGCUAGUGUGAUUCUUUUGCAUAGGCCAUCAAUAUAUUUUAUAGCCUUCUGUUUUUCA